GCCGCACACUUUAUUUUGGGCCAAACAUAGAGGCCCGAUAAUGAAUUUAUAAGCUUGAGUGUCUGAAAGGCCCAUUUUUAACGAGGUAUCCGCACGCACGGAAUUCGUUGUGAGAGAGAGAGAGAGAGACGGUGAUCGGGAAAUGACGACGAAAGGCGCGGCUGCGGCGUACCCUAGCGCGGCUCGGAUAUCUGAUUCUCCAUGUUAUCUUCAGUACUCUGCUUCUCUCAAAUGUCUUGAAGAAUUUGGAUCCGACAAGAGUAAAUGCCAGGAUCAUUUUGAUGUGUACAAAGAAUGCAAGAAGAAAGAGAGGGAAGCUCGAUUGGAACGCAAUAAGACACGUUCGUUGUUCUCGUGAAUGCCGAUGAUGUCUUAGAAGGUCAACUUCUAGUAUCCUGUUUUUUCAUUUGCAAUGACACCUCUGAAAAGUGGUGCUCUGUAUUUACUUACUUGUUUGUAUGGUCUUGAAUAAAUCAGUAUCAAGUGGAAAUGUGUUUGUUAAUGUUA